AUCAUACCUCCACAACUUCCUAUUGACUUGGUCUGCUUCCACAUCAACCAAAGAAAAAAAUAUCCCUCUCUUAACGAUUUAUGUCCGAGUGUAGUAUAUAAAUGUGCAUAGAAUCAACUAUAAGUGAUAUCAUCACCAACAACAACCUUUUUCACUUAGAGAGCUUUUAAGACAACCUAAACUUUGUAAGUGUUUUUAGGGACAGUGAGAGGCAUGUCAAAAGAGAUUGAGCUGCCAGGUUUCAGAUUCCACCCGACCGAGGAGGAGCUUCUUAAUUACUACCUCAAGAACAUGGUUUAUGGGAAUAUAACCAAAGUUGAAGUCAUUGGUUUUCUAAACAUCUAUCGUCAUGAUCCAUGGGACUUACCUCACUUAUCGACAAUUGGGGAGAGGGAAUGGUAUUUCUUUGUGCCAAGGGAAAGGAAGCAUGGCAACGGAGGUAGACCAAGCAGGACAACUGAGAAAGGGUAUUGGAAAGCAACAGGAUCCGAUCGUAAGAUCAUAAGCUUGUCUGAACCAAAACGUAUGAUUGGACUCAAGAAGACCCUUGUGUUCUACAGAGGAAGAGCACCAGGAGGAUGCAAGACUGAUUGGGUCAUGAACGAGUUCCGGAUGCCUGACAAUUGCACCUUACCAAAGGACGUUGUUCUUUGCAAGGUUUAUAGAAAAGCCACUUCACUUAAAGUGUUGGAGCAAAGAGCAGAGAUGGGAGCUAAGAUGAAUCACGCAUGCCCAAGCUCUCCUCUCUCGUCUUCCGACACUAUUUCUUUCGUAGGUAAAGAAGAAGACAUGAUGAUGACUUCUUUCCCUUUUCCUCAAGAAACAAACAACAACUUCAUGCUUCAAGGGCAUACCGAAGAGAAACAGAGGGAAACAGAGAUGAAAGGACCUUCUUCAUCACUGAAGCUUCCGUGUGGAGUGUCACCACUACCAGAGCUGCAAGUACCUCAACAAGGAUUCGAGUGGGGACAAGACCAGUUGUUGAGUAUAAGCCCAUGGCUCCAGAAUCUUACACCUAUAGUUAACCUAUUAAAUUUUUAGGCUAAUGUAAAAGAGAAUAUCUCACAACAAGUUUAACUAUUCUUCACCUGGAAAAACAGAACUUGUAAGACACUAAGAUGUUUGGCUUUAGCUUGAGCAUUUACCUAUUGUAUUUUUAUUUACUGAGAUUUUAAUGUACUUUGUGUAAGUUUGUAAUGUAAGAAAAUCUAAUGUAUACAAGUCAGAAUCUUGACUGUACCAUUCAAUUCAAUAAAACAAAAGUGCUAUACUUUGAAUCA